AUGGACGCGUCCAGCACCCUUCUCUCCCCCUCUGCCGCUGCCUCGAGCUUUGUGCCCUCGCCGUUCGUCCCCUGCACCGAGGACUCGGCGCACACGCGGCGAGUCGGACGCCACCCGGUGCCGUUCCAGCGCACCCUCGACGCCGUCAGCUACCGCCACCUCACUGCAUCCUCUCGACUGGCCCGCACGGCUGCGGCCCUCAGCAGCGACGCAACUGUGGGCUCUGCUGCGCUGCACGCAACGGCGACCGCCAACGCUGCACACGCAGCCUACGUGACGACGCUCACGGAAAACUAUCAGCAGCUGUGGCAGGAACGUGGGUUGGUGCCAAAGGCGGCACGGCGAGAGUGGUUUGAAACGGUGGUGGUCCAUCUCAAGGCAUUGAAUGCAUUGGGGGCUACGCUUGCCUGGCUGACGGACGCGCCCGCGACCAUCUUGGCACCCGCCGAUGCCGGCGUAGAUGAUGGUAUGAUGCCCACUGGCGACAUCGUCCCCACCAGCGCCGUCGCGUCUGCCGCGCUCUCCGACCAUGAUGGCGAGAGAAAGCAGCAAAAAUCGAGGAAGCCUGCCCACGACCCACUCCCGCUGUGGUGCCUCUGGCAGGACGCUCGGCGGCACCUGCACCACAUGACACUCCGUCUGCGCCCACGGACCUCGGCCGCCGCUGUCGCGUACGGGAUGCGAGAGGCAAUGCGGAUGUCUGACCUGGCCCGCAUGGACAGCUCCGCCUUCGCCUGGCGGGUGCGCCAGUGGUGUCGCAUAGCAGCGCUUUUCCACACACCCCGUUGCGCAGACACGGAGGCGGUUCACCCCGGGAUGACCGCAGAUGUGGUGUGCCGUGUGAGUCCCGGCGACAACAACUCGAUGACAGCCGCAUCGCCGUUUCCAGACUCGUUUUCGGCGGAAGAGCCGGAGGUAGCCCGCAUGCUGCUCCUCUGCCUCGGUGCCACCUCCGAGACCGCUGCCGGGAACUGUCUGGCCCGCCAGUAUGUGGCCGGGGCUUUGGUGUACCGCAUGUUGCUCGAGGUGACGCUAGCCCGCCUUCGUGCGCUGCCGCGGUGCAUCUUCACGUGGCGUCUCUUGCGGGAUGUUGUCCGUGACCAUCUCAUAACGUCGGCGGCUGGUUUCCUUGAUACCGACAACGGGCAAAGGGCAGUGCUGCUGGAGAUGACAGCCUAUGUGGAGGAGGUGGUCAUCCCGUACCUCCAGCACCGUGACUGCCACCUGGAAAGCCUGCGGCACACUGCAGCGCAGGUGCAUGCUCAGUUCACGCGUCUCGCCUCUGUCAAACUCGAGCAGCUCCGCGCAGCCGUCGCGAGUGCCGGUGCGGGGGAUGGCGACAAGGCUGGAACUGUUGCCCAGUCAGAAGCAGGGACGGCAGGCGUGGUAGUGGAUGGCCUGAAUGCGGCAACAGCACCGGCGGCCGAGGCUAGUCCGGAGGUCAACGAGGAGGACCAGGGUCGCCUCCCUGAAGCGCAGCGCCAAAGCAUGGCGUCAUCGAUGGAGCUCCUCCUCCGUCGCGCGUGCGCGGGCGGUGCCCCAGCCUUCGCGAACAUGAUAGAGCAGCCGUGCUCCACCUCUCACACAACAAGCGAGUCCGGGGUGCAGUGCGCGAAGGACGUGAUUGCCAGUACCAUUCUCGGAAACACGGUCACCUCUAACAGAGCUGAGCGUGAUGAGGUUGGUGGUGGACACCAGGGCGACACGCCGUCGGAGUCGUGGGAGGAUGAGCUCUUACCGAUGCGGCGUGACUUUCAUGGAAGGCGCGUGGAUGAUAGUGUCCUGCACUCCUCCGCGGCACGGAUUUCUCAGCUGCGGUUCUUCCUGUACCACUACUUCACCCAGAGUCCGACGCUGGCUUUCGAUCGCGUCUCCGACACCCCCGCUGCCCUCGCACACGCGCAAGCUGGAAAGGAAAGAGAGGCUUAG